AUGGACCACUAUACGGACACAUGUCCCCUUUUGCAAGAGAAUGGGGCGGAACAAGUGAACAUGGCCGGAGGCGUGCCCGCGUCCCGUAGGCAGUAUGACCCGUACUCUAACACGUACAACCCCAAUUGGAGAGACCAUUCCAAUUUCAGUUAUGGGAACAGGCCGCAGAAUUCACUCUCAAAUCGUCCACCAGGGUUCCAGCAACCAUGGCAACCUAAGCCUCAACCUUCAUCUUCCAACUCAGGAAGUUCUUUGGAGAAUUUUGUCAAGAGUCUGGCCACGACUACUACUCAGAUCCAGCAAGAGACUAAACAACUCCAGCAGGAGACUAGAUCAUUGACCACAAAUAUGGCUCAACUCCAGCAAGAAACUAGAGGCUUAACCAUGAGCACUACUCAGUUCCCGCAGGACACCAGAGCAGGCAUGAAAGAUAUGAAGGCUCAAAUGAGCCAAAUGACAACUGCCAUCAAUCGCCUGGAGUCCCACGUUUAUGGGAAAUUGUCAUUGCAACCCGAGGUAAAUCCCAAGAAUGUAAGUGCCAUGACACUGAGGAGUGGCAAGGAACUGGAAGGGUCUAAAGUGAAAAAUUCAAAAAGCAAAAGUGAGGAGGAGAUAGAAAAUGAGAUCGAAGAGGAAGGGCGCAUCUGCGAAGACCCUAAGGUAACAUUCAAUCCUUCACCUCCCAUCAAAUCUAACUUAUCUCCUUUUCCUUGCAGGUUACAGAAGACAAAGAAGAUAGAGAAGGAAAAAGAGCUUUUGGAUGUGUUCCGGAAAGUGGAUAUCAACAUCCCCUUGUUGGAUGCAAUCAAGCAGAUACCAAAGUAUGCCAAAUUUUUGAAAGACUUGUGCACCUACAAGAGGAAGCUAAGAGGAGAUGAACGAGUGGCGGUGGGAGAAAAUGUGUCGGCAAUACUCCAAAGAAAACUCUCUCCCAAGUGUAGAGACCCAGGUAUGUUCACAAUUCCAUGUAAAAUAGGAGGUACCCCAAUUAGGAAAGCGAUGUUGGAUUUGGGGGCGUCAAUUAAUGUAAUGCCUAAGACUAUCUAUGCGUCCCUUAAUCUUGGCCCAUUAAAAGGCACAGGCAUUAUAAUCCAACUUGCAGACCUUACCAAUGCUUAUCCCGAAGGGUUAGUUGAAGAUGUUUUGGUACAGGUCAAUGAGUUAGUCUUUCCUGCAGAUUUCUAUGUCCUACACAUAGGGGAUGAAAGGGCACUAAAUCCGUCACCUAUUUUGUUAGGUAGGUCAUUUUUAAGCACUGUUAGGACAAAAAUAGAUGUAAAUGAGGGUACCUUGUCGAUGGAGUUUGAUGGUAAAAUUGUAAAUUUUAAUAUCUUUGAUGCGAUGAAAUACCCGGAUGAGGCUGACUCUGUUUUUGCUUUAAGUGUUAUUGAGCCUCUUGUGCAGGAAACUUUCGAAUUGGAUGGGGACGAUGCACUGGCAGUGGCAUUAGCCAAACAUCUUGAGUUGGGAGCAACUCCAGAUGUAGAAUUAAGUGAUGAGUUAUACCGUGCAGUUGAAGCACUGCAUUCGCUCCCACCAAUUUCUCCAAGGUAUGAGCUUACUUCUCUCUUUGUACCAGAAACUCAGGCGAAAUUGUUGCCUUCUGUUGUGCAGGCACCUGAGUCGGAACUCAAGCCUCUCCCAAAGCAUAUGAAGUAUGCUUUUCUCUGGGACAAAGAGACACUGCCGGUCACCAUAUCUGCACACCUGUCACCAAGGCAAGAAGACAACCUGAUUCGUCUUCUUCGAGAUCAUAAGGAGGCGAUUGGGUGGAGCAUCGCAGACAUUAAGGGAAUUAGCCCGUCCUUAUGCAUGCACCGGAUACGGCUUGAGGAUGAUGCAAAGCCGGUAAGACAGGCGCAGCGAAAAUUGAACCCACUAAUGAUGGAGGUAGUAAAAAAGGAGAUACUAAAACUCCUGGAAGUGAGAAUCAUCUUCGCCAUCUCAGAUAGUCCAUGGGUGAGUCCAGUCCAAGUAGUCCCGAAAAAGACGGGAGUAACGGUAGAAGAGAACCAGGAAGGUGAGAUGGUCAUGGUAAGGAAACCCACAGGAUGGUGCCAGUGUAUCGACUACCGGCGACUAAACGCAGUGACGAAAAAGGACCACUUCCCUCUCCCUUUCAUUGAUCAGAUGAUAGAGAGGUUAGCUGGUCAUGUCUAUUACUAUUUUCUUGAUGAUUUUCAGGUUAUUUCCAGAUUGCGAUAG